AACAAUCACAAAAGACUUCAACUUUCGUUUCUUUGAAUGAAUUUGAAUGUGAAUUGAGUUGAAUUUUGAUACUAGUGUAUAUAUAAUACUAGAAACUGUGAAAACUUAAAACGACGUCGUUUUCAAAAUAAUCAAAAUUGGUAACACGUGCAUGUCACGUGUCAUAAAAAAAAAAACAUGAAAAGAGUGAAGCUUUCUCACCAUAAUAAAUUUUUUCUGAGCUUAGUACCUUUCUGGGCUAAAGUAAUUUUGUUUUGUCAGAAUUGUAUGCGACUGGCUUCUUCGCCUGUUUUCAGAAGACAGCGGUUUUUGAUAAGAUCUCUUGGAGGUAGCAUUGAUUAUCAUACCAAUUGUAGUUCUGGAAAAAUGCAGUCUGUUGAGGUUGAUGCUGAGAGGGUUAUUAGAGAAAUUACUCCUGUCCUAGAUCGAAGCAGACAUAAAGGACAGGCAGGGAACAUAGCUGUUAUCGGAGGGUGUCGUGAAUAUACAGGUGCUCCAUACUUUGCUGCUAUUUCAGCCUUAAAAAUUGGUGCAGAUUUGUCCCAUGUAUUCUGUACAAAAGAUGCUGCUCCUGUCAUCAAAAGCUACAGUUCUGAGUUGAUUGUGCACCCUGUUUUGGAAGAAUCGUAUAGUGUCAGGGAGGAGGACAAGAAAAACAUAUCAAGCAAGGUUCUUGCUGAAGUUGGCAAAUGGUUAGAAAGGUUUGACUGUCUAGUCAUUGGUCCAGGCCUUGGAAGAGACCCAUUUCUUCUAGACUGUGUGAGUGAAAUCAUAAGACAUGCAAGAAAGUCAAACAUCCCAAUUGUGAUAGAUGGGGAUGGACUUUUUCUUGUUACAAAUCAUCUUGAACUUGUUAGUGGCUAUGCAUUAGCUGUUCUAACCCCAAAUGUCAAUGAAUAUAAGCGACUUGUACAGAAAGUACUGAGUUCUGAAGUAAAUAACGAAGAUCCUGUUGAGCAAGUGCUUACUCUUUCCAAACAAAUUGGUGGUGUUACUAUCCUAAGAAAAGGAAAAUCCGAUCUUAUAAGCGAUGGUGACACAGUCAAAUCAGUUAGCAUCUAUGGUUCUCCUAGACGCUGUGGUGGCCAAGGCGAUAUCCUUUCUGGAAGUGUUGCUGUCUUUUUGUCGUGGGCACGCCAACAUAUUGAAGCUGCUGGUCCAGAUUCAUAUCUCAGUUCUAAAAAUCCAGCAGUAUUGGGAUCCAUUGCUGGUUCUGCUAUGAUGAGGAAGGCAGCUUCCCUUGCUUUCUCAAAUAAGAAAAGAUCAACUGUCACCGGUGACAUCAUUGAAUGCUUGGGGAAAAGUUUGGAAGAUAUUUGUCCUGCCGGUUCAUGCAGUUUGUGACCUCCAAACACUUGUGUAAAACAUGUCGAGUUACUGCUAUGAUUUGCCUAAAAAAUAGUUUGUUAUAUUUAAUAAAGGCAGUCACGCUGUUUGUGACAUCCAUCAACUCAAGUCUUUGUUUGUUUGAGGUAACGUUUGUAUGGUCAUUACAUGUGAAUGUCUUUAAUUUUUGAAUGAUGGCCAAUUUAGGAAGACCAUAAAAUUGUGACAAAUGCUCUCAAAAGAAUAAAUGCUUUUUUAUUUUUUUA